AUGGGCAGUUUGCUGGAACCAGUCAUCCCCAUUGGCUACAGUGGGCGUUCAGGUCUCUAUGUCAUGCCAUAUGUCGUGAACGAGGAAAAGUACGCUGAUUGGCACAAAUUUUAUGCAAAGCCAGGACUUGCCGUGUCAUCAGGCUUCAUGCAGGCCAAUGAAACGUGGCUUCGGGAAUUCCUGGGCGACAAAUUCCCGGUUUGCAAGCAUCGCGACUAUCCUUCUUGUGGAACUGGAGGUCUUGAGGGCUUCUGGGUUCCUGAUCAUUGUAUGGAGAACGUUUCCUCGUGUAUUGUGGUGGAAAUGGGCGAGCCAGGCUGGGAUGAAGGCUACUUCGAGCAGGUGAUCAACAACCUUAAGCUGCCGAUGAUCUUUGCAUAUCUUGGAAGUGAAGGCCUCGCAAGACGUCGCCUCGAAUUGGAAACCUCUCAGGAGAAAGUUGUGUGGUACUCAUGGUCGUCCAACUGGGGUGCUGACUUCUAUGGCGGUGUUCGCAUCUCUUUGCCAGAUCCUGCGAGCACUUCCGUGAUACAGGGCUACUGGAACUAUCCCAAUGGGACAUUGGCGGUAGAUUAUCCGGAUGUUGUACUGCUCAAGUUGCUGUCCAGGAAAUUGUUUCCCAAAGCCCCAGAAGCAUAUUGGAUGCUGAGAAACUUCAAAAUCGAGCCGCGAGAGCUUUUUGAGCUGCUGGGCACGACUGGCACAAGUAGUGAAGCGGAACGGCUCGCUGCGGCCUGCCAGUGGCUCAAGACAAAGCAUAGCAGAAUCACCGACUGGGCCCCUUCAUGUACCAGAAAUGCUUCAGACACUGCCGUUUUUGACCGGAGCGCGGGUUCUUGCUCCAUGACCAGCAAGCGAGAGAAAUGCUUCUCCGAAAGUAGCACCAUCGAUAACUCCAAGACUGUGAUACGCCUUGGACGGCGGGAUUGGCUUUCUCAUGACUUGAUGCGCUCGGUCGCGGGCCUUCUGUUGUCUGAGAAGCUGGGCUACUCCGUGCGAUACAUGGAUGUGAGUGCCAUUAGUGCCAAAGAAUGGGUUCGGAUCCUUGAAAGCAACGAGAUGGACGCAGAGAUGGAAAGUUGGCAGGUGGACAUCUACAACGACUUGACCUCUCUUGCAGGAAACGGCGUCAUUGCCACUCCAACAGAAAUUGGCUGGGUUGGUCGUGAAGGGCUUUUCUUCAUGCCGGGUUUGGUGGCUUCAGACAUCACUUGGGCGGUCGACUUCUAUAAAUUUUACGAAGGUCCAGAAGCCAGGUUGCAGAAUUUCACCGUUUUCGACCAUGCAGAAGCCUUGAGCCGGAUGAAUGGUGCUUCGUUCUGCGCCAACCUCGGCCCUACCGAUCCGGUGCCGCCUUGGUGUGUAGGAGCCUUCAGCAGCAGUUGGGAGCCUCCACUCUGUGGCACUUCGCCAUGCAUUGAAGGAGUGAUGGGCAGUCCUCUGUGGGCUCAAGGCACUUUUGAGCAGCUGGCGGCCAACCACAAUCUGAGCAUCGCUUUUGCAUAUUACGGAAACAAGCAAUUGGAGAUCCUGAACAGCCUCCGCAGCAAGGGAAAGAACGCCGUCUUCUACGGAUACCUUCCCUCGGAAUUUGCGUCGAAAUUGGGCAUCUCGCAGACUAUGGGUCGGAUUUCCUUUCCGGAUUACAAGGUCGGGUGUGCAAGCGUCGUCGCACAGUCCCCGUAUGGACCUCGAACCUGUGAUAUUCCGCCCACAGUGAUUUACAAGAUCCGCCGCCAUGAUUUAGCAGCAAAGGCACCUGAAGCCGCCUAUGUGAUCGACAACUUGCAGAUUUCGCCAGAGCAGGUGGAGCUCAUGCUGAAGAUGCAUGAGGGAGGGGGCGGGAACCUCACCACUGAGCAGACCGCCUGUGAGUUUUUGAAGCAGCAGCCAGAUGUUGUGUUGAAGGCCGUACCUGAGUGCAUCACGAAUCCAAUCCAGAACCCGAAGAUUGGAGAUGUUGUCUGGAAUGCAGCGGAACUCUCCUGUCAACAACUCUUUUGCCCCAAGAACCAGGUCCUCAUCUAUGACAGCGCCGCUGGUUUGAUUCGCUGCCGGGAGUGCAAACAGGAGAAUGCUGGCACGGUGCCUUCACCAGACCAGAUGUCCUGUAUGCCUUGCCCUGCGGGUUCGGAACCCGACAGCGAAGGAGCCAAGUGUCAGGCUUGCCCACCCGGACGCUAUGCCCCCGAAGCAGCCACACCUCAGUGCCAGGCAUGUCCGCAAGGUGAGUACAACCCUCUACGAAACCAGUCACGUUGCGCAGUGUGCCCUUUUGGGGCCCAUUGCUACGGUGGUUUCAAUGGUACGGGAGCGACGUCCUUUUACGCCGACGAGGGUUUUUACUUGCUGGGAAGCGAUGAGGAUGUGACUCGAGAAUUUGAAGCCAAGAUGUCGACUUGCGCGGACUGCUGGCGCAGCGAUGCGCCCUUCGAUGCCCUUGGACCCUUCGAAUGUUCUGUGCGCUCGGCGUGUCUGGGGAACAACAGCUGCCUGGUGGUGGAAGGCGAACUGGCCAUGGAUGGACCGCUCUGUGGAAGUUGCACCAAAGGCUUUCAACGCAGCAGCCCUGAUGAGCCUUGCAGCCGUUGCCCACCAGAUUGGCUUACUGUCACAGUCAUUGUGGUGGUAACUGUUGGGGGAAUGCUUGGUCUAUGCAUCCUCUCCUGGUCACAGGAAGCCGCCAUGGGAAAUUUGCGUGGAGUGUACUCCAUUGUGUUCAAGAUCUUGUGCAACUUCUUUGUUCAAUUGAAGGCAGUUGGUCAGGUUACGGACUUGAACAGCCUCAUCAAGGAUCUUGGGACGGACAGCUUCAGCCGUACCAUUCUCACCUCCCCGAUUGCAAUGUCUUUGGGUAUUGGAGAUGUGCUGGAGAAUCCUUCCACCUCCAUUUUCUCUCUGGAGUGCUUGAUGAUGACAGGUGGCAACAGCGUUUCCGAGAGCCACUACCUGAAAGUUUUGGGUGCCUUGUUUUUCUUACCUGCCAUGCUCCUUCUGAUGUUGGUCUCGGUGGCCGUGUGCACCUGGAUCUGGUCGUCCUGUUGCCAUCGUCGCCAGCGCUGGGGCGAAACGUCCCUGUCCUUUCGUAUCUUAUUGACCUUCUCCUCCCUGGCGGUGUUGGCCUUGUACUUUUUGCAGCCAAUGGUCACCUCUCAGCUCCUUGCAGCCUACAACUGCCGAGACAUGGAUGACGGAGGGCAUCGACUGGACACGGCACGCUGGGCUCUUGACAUGAGUGUUGACUGUAACAGUCCUGUUCACCAGAAAUGGCAACUUGUGACUUCCAUUGGCUUGCUGAUUUGGUCCUUCGGAAUUCCCUUGAUUUUGUACAUCAUUCCGUGGGCGAUUCUGAAGUGGACAUCGUACACGCUGCAAAGCAAGGAGAUGUGGACGGUUUUUGGCUUCCUUUAUGACGGAUUUGAGCCAGACUUCUGGUACUACGAGUCCUUCAUGAUGCUGAGAAAAACAUAUAUUUUGAUUGCAGCGAACAUCAUGUGGUUAAGUCCUGAAACUCGAACUGUGGUUCUUCUUACCUUGGUGAUCUAUUUCCGCUACAUGCACCUGAGAGAUUUGCCCUAUGAUAACCGUGCCUACAUGGGAGUGGAUCGCUUGCAGUUUCAGUCUUUAGCCACCUUCACCUGGCUCCUGCUGGGCCGGCUCUUCCGCACCAUGCUCGAGCUAACGGACAACGCGCUGGCGAAGGAUUGGUCGCCUGCUUUCUACCUCCCAGCCAUGCUCAACUUCUUCUUCCUAGUAGGAAGAGCUAUUUAUUUGAUCCUGCGGGAGGUCAUUUGGCCUCUGCAAUCGCCCCCAACAUUGAUGCCAAAGUGUGUGCGAGAUCGCUUGGACCACAGAGUGACUUUCUCGUUCAUUCCGCCAGCAGUGUUUGAUGUGGAUGCCAAGCAACAGCAUUUCCACCGCGUUGAGCAUGGAAGCCUUUCGGCCGACAACAUGGCAGACCUGGCAGAAGAUUGGAAUUUGACCAGCACGCCUGCCUUGCCAAACCAGGAGCGAGAGAUCUUGAAGACCAUCCUGACCGAAACGGCGGAAGUCCUCCUGCGAAGGCAUGAAAUCGUGCAUGGAGAGGCUGCUCAGGUGAUCUAUUUGCCAACCUUCCUGUUACAGAUGGAGCGUGUCCUUGUGGCUGCGAUGCAACUGGGCAGCAUGAAACAUCUCGAUGUCAUGUCAAGUCAGCUGGCAAUGUGGUACCGAUGCCGUGCUUCCAGGUGCUAUGCGGUGAAGUCUCGAAUCAUCAACGAAGAAUUGGUGCCCUGCCUUGAUGGCUGCGGCCUAGGGGCUCUGCAUGGCUCUGCCUAG